AUGUUGCGCCAAUGCUCAAAGACGCUCUCCCGUAGAUUAAUUUCAUCAAACAACAACAACAAUUAUGGUGUGAUCAGCAAGAAAGUCAUUGGAUCAUCAUCGGCCAAGAAUGAUUUAUUCGGAAAGCAUUCUCUUGGUUCUAUGAUGUUAUUUCAGAAUGAAAUGACUUCCAAGAUGAUGAUGAGAGGCUAUCAGUUUAAUGCAAAGGAAUUUACUGUAGGAGGAAAUAUUUCUACUCAUGGUGCUAUUCCUGGUUUACAAAUUUCUAAUACUGAAAGCUAUUCCGAGAGAUUGAGAACUACUUUGUUGAGUCCAAUUGUCAUUGUUCCUCACGCUGAACAAUGGGUUGUCGAGCGCUUUGGACGUUACUGUAAAACCUUGGACAGUGGUAUCCAUUUCUUAAUUCCAUUAUUGGACACCAUUGCUUACAAGCACACAACCAAGGAAAUUAUUUUGGAGGUUAACAAACAAACAGCCAUUACUAAAGAUAACGUACAACUCAAUUUAGAUGGUGUCUUGUACACUCGUAUUACUGAUGCAUACAAGGCAAGUUACGAAAUUGAAAAGCCAUUUGUGGCCAUCAUGAACUUGGCUCAAACAACCAUGCGUUCAGAAAUUGGUAAAAUCACACUUGACAAUACAUUUGCAGAGAGACAACAUUUGAACGAGAAAAUUGUGCAAGGUAUCGAAAAGAUUGCAUCUGGAUGGGGUAUUUCAAUUCAACGUUAUGAAAUUAGAGAUAUUCAAGUCCCAUCUCAAAUUAAACAGGCGAUGGACCUUGAAGCUGAAGCUGAACGUAAGAAAAGAAAGACUGUCUUGGACUCUCUUGCUGAAAAAGAGGCUCAAGAAAACGUUGCUAAGGGUCGAAAGACUGCUGUUGAAUUGGUUUCUGAAGCUAACAUGAUUGAAGAAAUGAACCUUGCAAAGGGUAGGGCAUUUGCUGUAAAAGCUGCUGCUGAAGCUUACGCAGAAGCCAUUGAAAGAUUGGCUGCUGCUAUCUCCCAUGAAAAUGGAGAGAAAGCUGUUGCAUUGAAGAUUGCAGAAAAUUAUAUUGAACAAUUUGGUAGACUUGCUAAGGCUGGUAACACUGUGAUUAUUCCAUCCAAUGUCAGUGAUGUUUCAUCGCAAGUGACUCAAGCCAUCACCAUCUUUGACAAGAUUUUCAAUCAAUCCAACAAAAAGCUUGAAAUUUCAAAGGACGAAGCAUUAUUAAGGCUAAAAGAAAUGUCUGGAAUUCAAGAGCCAACUACUGAGACAAAGGCCUCCACGACUCCAGCUGAAAAGCCAGCCACAACCCCAACUUCAACUGCAGCUAAAAAGUAA